GCUCGGCCCUGCAAGCGGCCAGCGGGAGGGAGAGGGCCCGGGCACCCACCGUCUCCGUCCCGGCCCCAGCCGAAUCGAGCGUCCACUGGAAGGGCGCUCCCUGUCCGUCCCUAGUCCUCGGUCCUCACGGAGGCUCUUUGUCACAGCGAAGACUGUCAGCCCGUAGUCUUCUGGACUUCUUUUAUGGGGCUCCUGGCGGUGCUAUUCAUUCAGUCAUUGAUUCGUCUUGUAAAUAUCGAGCGCCUGCUCUGUACUGGACCCGGCAUUGGGUACCGGAUGAACCAGACAGCUCGGUCUUUGCCACCAUUUAUCAGUCUGUGCCCUUUUCUCGAGUACUGAACCGAAAUACAGUUUUAAAUGUGCUGUGCGGGCUCUGAGCAGCGACUCACCUGUACAGGGUAAGUGCGCAAGAGUGCAAUUGCUGGGUCAUAUGAUCAAAUGAUGCUCUUUGGAAAAGUUUCCCAGCAGUUGUGUGGCAUAAAGAAACUCCCAUGGUCAUGUGAUUCCAGAUACUUCUGGGGCUGGUUGAAUGCAGUGUUUAAUAAGGUGGAUUAUGAUCGCAUCAGGGAUGUUGGCCCUGACAGGGCAGCAUCCGAGUGGUUGCUGCGCUGUGGGGCCAUGGUGCGCUACCAUGGCCAGGAGAGGUGGCAGAUGGAUUACAACCACCUUCCAACAGGCCCUCUGGACAAAUACAAGAUUCAGGCGAUCGACGCCACCAACUCUUGUAUCAUGAGCAUUGGAUUUGAUCACUUGGGUAACUACCCUAUCAUUUUGCUAAUAGGAAAUGCAGAUGAUUUUGCAGUGACCAUUUUGUUGCAGUUGACUCACAAUUAUAGUCAUAGGUAUGUCCUUUUUGCCCAUUUCAGUACAGUCAAGUUUAUUUCUUCCUGGGUUUGAUAUUUAUUUUCAAAUUAAAUUGAGGUUACAGACA